UAAGCCGCUUAUCAGCUGAUCUUUAAGCCGGCUAAGCCGCUAAUACUGUAGUGCUAAGCGCUAAACCUCUAAUGGGCUUGCUUCGCAAGACGAAAAAACCCGCAAGACGAAGAGACUCGCGGAACAGAUUCUUUUCGUCUUGCGAGGCACCACUGUACCUUCAGGGUUGCUGGGAUUUGUAACUCUGUGAGGUGUAAACUACACGGCCCAGAAUUCUUCAAGGGAUGCUUUGCAUGUGCUUCAAAGGCAGGAUGAGGCUAUGCAGACCAAGAGGCAGAGCUACAGAGAGACACCAGCUCUAUUCUCUGGUAAUCCCUACCUCCAUGGGUAGGCAACCUAAGGCCCGAGGGCCGGAUCCAGCCCAAUCGCCUUCUAAAUCUGGCCUGCGGACAAUCCAUAAAUCAGUGUUUUUAUAUGAGUAAAAUGUGUCCUUUUACAGUGGUACCUCGGGUUACAUACGCUUCAGGUUACAUAUGCUUCAGGUUACAGACUCCACUAACCCAGAAAUAGUGCUUCAGGUUAAGAACUUUGCUUCAGGAUGAGAACAGAAAUCGUGCUCCGGCGGCGCAGCAGCAGCAGGAGGCCCCAUUAGCUAAAGUUGUGCUUCAGGUUAGGAACAGUUUCAGGUUAAGAACGGACCUCCGGAACGAAUUAAGUAUGUAACCAGAGGUACCACUGUAUUUAAAAUGCAUCUCUGGGUUAUUUGUGGGGCCUGCCUGGUGUUUUUACAUGAGUAGAAUGUGUUCUUUUCUUUAAAAUGCAUCUGGGUUAUUUGUGGGGCAUAGGAAUUCGUUCAUUUAUUUAUUUUUUCAAAAUAUAGUCUGGCCCCCCACAAGGUCUGAGGGACGGUGGACCGGCCCCCUGCUGAAAAUGUUUGCUGACCCUGCUUGCCCCAAAGUGUACCAAUUCAUCUUUCUGACAUAGCAACAGACCCGUUAAUGUGCAUAGCUGUCAACCUUCCCUUUUUUUUGCAGGAAAUUCCCUUAUUCCAGCGCCGUUUCCCGCUGCUAUCCCGGAUUGUUAGAUAUCCCAUAGACUGUCCCCGGGACAGGUGAGGCUGCUGAUCCCUUAUUUUCGAGGCUGGUGAUCCCUUAUUUUCAAAUCUGAAAGUUGACAGCUAUGGUUAAUGUGUGUGCUGUUACGCUUUGUGUGCUGCGGUGUGGAAGCUUGUGUGGCAGGCAUGGCAUUGUGCGGCUCACAGGUGAGACCUUUGUAUUUUGUCAAAACAUUCAUUUUGACUAGGUGCAAUAUUUGUGGCCAUGCCUUCACUUCAGCAUUGCGCUCUGCACAGUGCUCAGUGCCAACUGCUUCGCUGUUUAAAUUGCUUAGUCACCACCACCUGUAAGAGCAGAACUCUUUACUUUUUCUAAACUGCUUACACAAGGGGUUUUUAAAAAGCCGAGUCACUUGUGCUUACUUAGCAGAGUGGCACACAUUUCUAAUUACAAAGGAAUUCAAGGAGGGGGCAAAAAUAACACAAGGUUACCUCCUGCAGUCCCAUUCAUUUUCUUCUGCACGCACCAUGAUGAUUAUUACUAAGCCAGUGCUAAUUUCAAAAGCUUGAAGAGUAAACAAAUACAGCAGGAAGACGUAAAAUGGGAGGUGGGGAGGCUCAGGCGGUGAUCCUUAUAAUAAUGACUGGGGUCUUAGCCAGGUGCCUAGUCCCAUCAGUGAAAUAUUUUUAUUUAUUUAAAUUAUUUAUAACUCUUUUUUCACACAAUCCGAGAGCAAGAAGCAUUAAAAUACAAAAGAGAGCACUAUUUCAUGUAAAUACAACAUAAUUACCGUAUUUUCUGCUCUAUAAGAUUCACAUUUUUCCUCCUAAAAAGUAAGGGGAAAUGUGUGUGCGUCUUGUGGAGCGAAUGCAGGCUGCACAGCUAUCCCAGAAGCCAGAACAGCAAGAGAGAUUGCUGCUUUCACUGCGUAGCGAUCCCUCUUGCUGUUCUGGCUUCUGAGAUUCAGAAUAUUUUUUUUCUUGUUUUCCUCCUCCAAAAACUAGGUGCGUCUUGUGGUCUGGUGCGUCUUAUAGAGCGAAAAAUACUGUACAUCACCCAAGUCAAAGGCCACAUAUCAUGGUUUUAUGGUUUUAUGUUGUUGUAAACUGCUGUGAUAUAUUUUUAUGGUUUGUUUAUUUAUUUCAUAAAAUCUGCAUGACGAUUGGUUGUAGGAAGCCUCAAGGAGGUUUUCAAAAAUAUAAAACAAGAAAAUCAAGAUUUUUUUUUGACCCUAUUUCAAAACAUACAAAAGUUAAAAUACUAACACAGAUUAAAAUUUCCUCACUUUCCUAAGCAUCUGGGUAAGCAUGUCUAGGCAAGAAUGUUUUUAGCAGGCAUCAGAAAGACUGCAGUGAAGGCAUCUGCUUGAUCUCAAUAGGCAGGAAGUUCCACAGUGCCAGUGCUGCCACUAAAUGAUCGAAUGCUGAAUGGGUAUUAUGUGGCACCUGUAUAGUGCCGCUUCUGCCAAUCAAAACAGUUGAGUGGGCACAUGUGGGGGGUAAGGCAAUCUUGUAGGUAAACUGGUCCCAAGUUGUUAAGGACUUUUCAUGCUAAUAAUAGUAACACCUUGAACCUGGCCUGGUAGCAUAUCAGCAACCCGUGCAGGUCUCUGAGCCCAGGUGUAUGUGCUGACGAGGCCUCACUCCUGUCUGCAAGCGUGUUGCAGCAUUCUGCAUUAACUGCAGUUUCCGGAUCCAGCACGAGAGAAGCCCCACACAGAGCACAUUGCUGUAAUCCAGUCUUGAAGCAAUCAGCAAAUGAACUAUUGUGGCACGGCACUCCCAGUCCAGGAAUAAGCCAUAGCUGUUGAACCAGCCACAGUUGGUAAAAGGCAGCUCUAGCCACUUCUAGCUCCCUGAGCCUCCAGUGACAGAGCAGGAUGCAGAAGCAGCCCUAAUCUGCAAACCUCCUUUUUAUAAUAUUUUUUAUUUGGCAUCGGAAGACCAUCUUCCGAUCUUGUAUCUGAGAGGAGAGGGCAUUCUAGAGUUGAGGUAUCACAGCUAAGAAACGUUGGACACUAUUUCUUCUCCACGUGGUUUACUAUUAGUUCCUCAAGGAACUAUAUUCCUGACAUGAGAUCUGGGACCUGUAAUUUGUAUCAGCAACAAUGACUACACUGCUCUUGUGAUUGUUCUUCAGCAACCCUUUCCACCCUGGCUUUCUCUGGCUGUUUUAGACUAUAACUUCCAUCAGCCUCUGUUAGCAGGUGCUGGCUAACCAGAGUGGUAGUCCAAAAAACACACACCUGGAGGACACCUGGGACACCCUAUUCAUCCUGUUCUAACACUGCUUCAUGUCCCAUAAAAUCUGAAAAAUUGAUAUAUUUUUCCUAAUGGUAAUGUGCUUGCACCUCCAGUUCACCCCACCUGCUCUGUGGGUUCUGCUUUUCCAACACCACAUUGAUUGUACUGAAGGAGAAUUAAACACAUAUGUAAAACAAAUGAUUUCAUAAUGGAUCAGAUUCAAGGCUGUGGAAGCAUAUUUGGCAGAUUAGGUCUUGUUUUGAGAGAUCCACCUCUUUUGUUUACACUGUUGUGUUUUGAACUGUUUUACUAAUUUUUUUUUAAUGUAAUGAUUCUGUUGUCAUAACUCACCCUGGGACCUUAUGGUGAAGAGCAGGUAAAAAAAGUCCACAAUGCAUUGAUAUUAAUGUGCAGCAGGAUGCUCUCAUUUUAGUCACAGCAUAUGAUGCUCAAUUUUUAAAAAACUUUUAUUGAUAAAUGCAAUACUUACAAACACAAACCAGAACACUAAACACACUUAUUAUACAUAGAUACAUACGCCUCUCAACUUAAAUUGCAAAAAAAGAAAACAUACAAACUAAACAUACAGACAUAUAUUUUGACUUCCCUCCACCUAUAUGUGACUUCCUUUGUUUCUUUUCUUCUUUUUGCUGUGUUAUCAAUAUUAUUUUUGACUAUCUCAUCUUAUACCCAUUUCUUCUUAAUUUUUUACUCUAUAAGUUUCAUUCAUUGCAUAUUGAUAUGUUAAUACCUGAACAAUGUUUUUUGAUGUAUUCCUUCACGCUAGCCCACUCCUCUAUCAGUUUUUUGUCUGAUUGGCCUCUUACCACUGCUGUAAGUUUUGCUGAUUCUAUGAUGCUCAUAAUUUUGACUGAUUUCAUUGUCCAAUAGCUCCAGUGGCGCAAAUAAACAUCCUCCUCCUGGGUAAUGGCUUUCCCCUCUCUGGCCCUCCCUUUUGGACAGGAUAAAUGGCCAGGCAGCACAGACUCCCACAUCCUCAGCGAAGAGUUGCUUUUCCUUAGCACAGGCUCCCUAAAUGAAGGCAGAAAAGAAGCCGCAGAGCUCUUCUAGGGAGCACCACGGGAGAAGCAGAGAGCAGGCCAUUCAAGAUGGCAGGAAGAAGGACAAAGUGGAACACAGCCGGAAGACUAGCAAAGAGAGGCAGCAGGAGUUCGGGAGAAGGAAGAGGGAAAAGGAGACCCAGAGCAGCCUUCUGGCAGACAACCAAGUCCACCCUUCCACAGUAGUGGAUGUGGAUGAUGUCGUGUCGUUUGAGGAGGAAAUGGAGGUGAUGGCCUUGCUUGAAAGCGAGAAGCAGGUUGAAGGUAAGGGGGGAAGUAGUUAAGGGGCAUGCAAGAGCACGGAGAGCUCAGAAGGGCUCCAGGAUGACCCCACUGAGCUUUUCUUACUAUGCCAGAGUUUGAAUCUACUGUGCCCUGCUAAAAAGGUAAGGGAGCCCUGACUUAAAAGGUAAAGGUAAAGGGACCCCUGACCAUCAGGUCUAGUCGCGGACAACUCUGGGGUUGCGGUGCUCAUCUCACUUUACUGGCCAAGGGAGCCGGCAGACGGCUUCUGGGUCAUGUGGCCAGCAUGACUAAGCCGCUUCUGGCGAACCAGAGCAGCGCACGGAAACACCGUUUACCUUCCCUCUGGAGCGGUACCUAUUUAUCUACUUGCACUUGAUGUGCUUUCGAACUGCUAGGUUGGCAGGAGCUGGGACCAAACAACGGGAGCUCACCCCAUCGCGGGGAUUCAAACUGCUGACCUUCCGAUCGGCAAGCCCUAGGCUCUGUGGUUUAGACCACAGCGCCAAAUAAUAGUGUGAAUAAGACUGUGACUGCAUAAGGUGGCCACUUACAUUUCGCCAAAAAAAGGUAGGAAAUGCAUCACCAAAAAGGGGGCACAAAUAAUCACAGAGUGUGAAUAUAACAUUGGCAUAUAGAUGUGCAUUUAGAAAUAACUGCCGUAAUUUAAAUUUGGUACAUCUCUCCAUAGUGGGGAAGACUAGAUCAGGUAACAAUUGUUGGUGGGGAACUUCAGGGCUUGCUCACCUUUCUAAUGGUGCUUUAACUUCAAAACCAGUCCUGGAGCUGGGACCCCUGAAGCUUCAAAUAGAGGGCUAUCCUCUCACAAGCCUUCCAACAGAGGAUUGUCUUCUGUAAAGUAGGAUACGUGACCAUAGUACCAACAACAGUGGCCUCCAUCAUCUUACUGUGUUUCCCCAGUAAGAUUAAAGGUAGCACAAUGUCAUCACAUUCCAUUUAUGUAGUAGCUAAUUAAGUGGAAUGUGAGUGUAUAAAAGAGACAUGCACUCACCAGGGAGACUGGAGAAGCUGUGGUCCUCAGACUUCUUGCUUCCUGACCAUCUUUAUAUUUUUUUACUCUCAAGGCACCUUGACUUGAGGCCAGCAAAGCCAGAGUGUUUUUUUUAACUGAAGACAAACAGACACAGAAGCAAGCAACUUGCAGGAGGUGGAAAUGUUGUCGUUGUUUAGUCGUGUCCAACUCUUUGUGACCCCAUGGACCACAGCACGCCAGGCACUUCUGUCUUCCACUGCCUCCCGCAGUUUGGUCAGACUCAUGUUUGUAGCUUCGAGAACACUGUCCAACCAUCGCGUCCUCUGUUGUCCCCUUCUCCUUGUGCCCUCCAUCUUUCCCAACAUCAGGGUCUUUUCCAGGGAGUCUUCUCUUCUCAUGAGGUGGCAAAAGUAUUGGAGCCUCAGCUUCAGGAUCUGUCCUUCCAGUGAGCACUCAGGGCUAAUUUCCUUAAGAAUGGAUGCGUUUGAUCUUCUUGCAGUCCAUGGGACUCUCAAGAGUCUCCUCCAGCACCACAAUUCAAAAGCAUCAAUUCUUCGACGAUCAGCCUUCUUUAUGGUCCAGCUUUCACUUCCAUACAUCACUACUGGGAAAACCAUGGCUUUCACUAUACGGACCUUUGUUGGCAAGGUGAUGUCUCUGCUUUGGAAAAACUAUCCAAGUACACUUCAUAUUGUUCACAGCCUCUCCUGUGAGUGUAAAUUAGAGCCAUUUUUUAAUGGUAGGUCAGAUGUCAAAUCUCCCAAUGGAGUUGCCCAGGUGUGAAAAUAGGAAGGGCGGGGGGCUCAUGUAUGGAUUCUACCGUGACAUUUGAACUUGAAUGCAGGACUGUUGGAUCCAUCUUCUGGGGCUUGCUCCAGGUAUGAGUUGGCCCCAUGCAAAGCACCCCCUGGCAAGAUCCCUUUCCAUUGCUUCUGAGUCUAACUGCCUUUUUAAGUUCCUGCCAAUGUAGUGAGGCAUUGUGGGAAAACUAUAUGGCAGCAAGACAUAACUGCCCAGGCCUGAUCAGAACACUGGAUAACAUUUACUGCAGGGCUUAGAUCAGGCAUUUGUAGUAGCAGUUGCCCAAGGAUGCCAGGUGCUGACAACAGCCCUCCCCGCCAUCUGGCUGCCUGUGAUUAAUUAAGCUUAGCAAAACACGCAAGGAAAGGCUAUUCUAGCAAGCAAGAUUGGCAGAAAGCCCACCCAAAUCCCAGACUACACGAUCAGGCCUCACGGCACUAGGCUUCAGAAAGGAAUAGGAAGCUGCUAGCUACCUGGCUCAGUAGUCCACACUGGCUGGCAGCAUCUAUCUGAGGUUUCGACGUUGGGAUCUCUCCCAGCCUCACGAUCUCGAACCAUCUGCAUUCAAAGCAGAUGCUCUACCAACUAAUUCUGGCCUUCCUCAGAUAAGGGAUGCUGCUGUGCUAAUGGCUUCCAUAGACAUCUGGCUGUCCGCCAUGAUAAACAGAAUGCUAUUAUUAUUUCUGUUGCUCUGUGUUUGUCCUGGUUUCUCUUUCGAAGCCCACAAACCCAGCAUGCUCCAGUUCUGGUCUCUUGGGAAGUGCAAGCAGGAACUCCAAUCCCGAUUUUUAAAAGAACACUAGCAGAUCCCCCCAAAUCCAGGGAUAAUUCAUACGGUCCCUCUCAAAUGUUAAUGUUCAGUCUCACUGGAAUGCUCAGAAUUUCUGUCAGGUAGGGUUGCCUGGUCUCAGGAGAGGCCUAGCCAGAAUCUAAGGGAUUCUAUAUAUUUUUCUCACUGGGUUUGGAUGUUUUGGCACUGACUCUGCCACACUGUACCCAUUGGCUCUACCUGGUGGCACCACUAGGCUCUUCCCUAGACCAGGUAGGUGCCAUCCUCCACGUAAUCUUUUACCCUGCCAAUCUGCCAGUCACCACUUCCUUCAUCUCCAAGUCUGGCUUCAAGAGACCAGACAGUCCUAGGUCAUCUGGACUUCCUUUGUUGAAUUAUCGGUACUUUCCUAAAAGAACUACAAAGGACUGGGUCCUGACAGUCACAGUCUUGUAUUAAUAUUAUAUUUAUAUCCUGGUAUUCGUCUAGGUGCUGAAAUGUAUUGGGCAGGUGUGACACACACCCCCCAAAGACUGAGAUGGAGCUAGCAUGUAGCACUUUCCAGAUUAGCCUGCAGGUUCUGGAGCUCUGCUAUCAUAAAGCUUUUGAGACGUCUAUACAGUUCAAGUUGCCUAAGCAGCAUCUGGUGUUUGGGUUAUGUAUCAGGUUCCCACCAGAGUAAGUCACAGCCGGUGGUUUGGGUAACACAUCAACUUCCCACAAGAGCAAAAGACUGACAAAAAUUUGGCAACCAAGUCAACAAAGAUAAUUUCCAAGGCUAGCCAGACUCCUUAUUCAAGGUGUCAGCAUGAGAUCGGCAAAAGCUUACAGAGAAGGUAACCAUUCUCACACAGCGAUGUUUUGGCAUAAGUAGGCAUGAGAAGCUAUCAUUUUAUAGACUAAAUAUAAUUAAAGGCCUAGGCCAACAGGAUUUUUCUGGGCUUUAUCUGGGCGUUUGAGGGGCAAUUGCUGGCCACUAUCUUAAUUCUUUUGACAUGACAUCUUCCACUGCUUGGCAGUGGCUCCCUUUGUAUGCUGUGGAAUCAGCAACACACCCACCCAUUUAAAAUUUGCAGCACCCAUCGCUAAGAGGUGUGGUGAGUGGGCAUAAUUUAGCACACAUGUUUAAGAAUCCAGUACAGGUUUGGCUAUUAGGAUAAAUAAAUACUGCACAGAGGUGGCAAAGAAGAGCCUCCCAACUUUACACAAGGGUUAAUAAAUAAUUCUUAGUGUGAGAAUAGAGCUGUUACCAUACAUAAGGUGUUUCCCGUGGAAGCUGGGCAUUUUAUCUCAAUUCUUUCUCCACUUUUCUACCCUAUUUCCAAAAUAGCCCGAGCCAGUCAGGCUACAUUCAACCUCAAUAUUUAUUGAGCAUCUGAUUUGUCCAAUGAUACAAGCAGGUUUCCAUCUAUGGGAAAGACCCUGUUCCAUCACCUACUCUUUAUCUGUUCCCCUGUAGGUACAAAGUCUCCAGGCCUGGGCAUUUGUGAGUGGCUUCUUGUCGUCCUUUCUCUCCUCCUCCUCAUAGUCACGUUCCCCAUUUCCAUCUGGUUCUGCAUGAAGGUAAGUCAUUGGGGCUGUUGCACGUGCAGGAACUAUAAUUUAUCAAUUUCCAGAGUUCGCGUACAGGCCCAAACAGAAGACCAAGCAUAUCUCAUUCACACACGCUGCUAUGUGUAUGACUCAAUGCGAACGAGGUUUUACAAAGGUUCUGUGUAAGUAAACAAGUAGUUCCGAAUUGAUGUGAGUCAAGCAUCCAUAUAUAGACCUCAGAUAACACUAAACACUAAUUCUUCCAGAAAUUACAAUCUGAAUACCAAAGUCUUCACAAAGCCAAGAGGUCUCCUUCCUGCUCACAGCAGUCUCCCUCAUCUAUUUUAUCAUGUUCUUAAUUACCUAUAUUGUGAAUAAAAGUACUACUGCCCACUUGUCUUCUUUCACCUCAAGGUGCAUUUGAAGUGGAGUAAUUACUGCUACUUGGAGGCAAAGAUAAUGAUAAUUAAUUUUGCUUCUGUUUCAUUUAUAUGCCCAAGAUCUACUAGAAUUGUUCUCAUUUGUAAUCGUUUCUCCUUUCAGAUGUAGUAGCUAUUCUACACCACCUUACAUAAACAGGGUACUUUGGAAUAAUCUAGGUAGGCUGAAAGAGCUUACCUUAGAAAUAAUGCCGCUUACGUUUUAUUCAGCUUUCUUCUACAUUUCCCUUCUGAGUUUUAAAAAAGAGCCCUGUUUUCUUUUGCAGUUGGUCAUGCAACUUACAAACAUUCCUUGUGGUGGCUUGAAUUGCAGGGAAGAAGUUAGCAUGUAGGUGUAGACUGUAGCAAACACUGUGCAAACACUCCCACAAUCAGACAUGAGGCAUGACAAUGUUUGGUUCCUUCCAUUGCUGGCCCCUUCAGACAGCCAACUCCUCACACGGGCUAGAGCCUCUGCACAUGCUGUUUUUAAGAAACUGAAGCCAGAAACAGCAAGUGAAGCUCUUUUAAUCCUCAGUCACAAACGCUUGUGGCCAGCUGGAGGCCCCUUUAGCCUCACAUGCUACACUGAUCCAUAUCCUACAUUGAAAACAUGCGCCUUCCCCCCCAAAAUCCUAGGGAAAGUAGUUUGUUAUGGAUGCUAGGAAUUGCAUUCCACUUCCCAGGAUUCUUGGGGGAAAGUCAUGCGCUUGAAAUGUAUGGUGGCUGUGAAACAAGAUGAUUCUUCCCACUCAACAAAGGCCCGUCAUCAUUUUACAUUUGCUGCAGCAGGAGGCACCAGGCAUUUCCGUUCUCCUGGGCUUUUAGAGCAGAGGUUUCCACACGGUACGUAGUUCCGCUUUAUCUUACAGAUUCCCACCAUCCAUUUUUCCAUGACAGAUUGUACGGGAGUAUGAAAGAGCCAUUUUGUUUCGAUUUGGACGCCUUCUUCGCGGAAGGCCCAGAGGGCCUGGUAAGUAUAGAACUAUCAGCCUUUCGGGAAGCCUCAGGUUAUGUACCAGCUGGGGAAGUUCUGGGGAGCCAAAUAAAGGUAAAGGGACCCCUGACAGUUAAGUCCAGUCACAAACGAUUCUGGGGUUGUGGCGCUCAUCUCGCUCUACAGGCCGAGGGAGCCGGCGUUUGUCCACUUCCGCAGACAGUUUUUCUGGGUCAUGUGGCCAGCAUGACUAAGCUACUUCUGGCGAAGCCAGAACAGCGCACGGAAACACUGUUUACCUUCCCGCUGGAGUGGUACCUAUUUAUCUACUUGCACUGGUGUGCUUUUGAACUGCUAGGUUGGCAGGAGCAGGGACCGAGCAACAAGAGCUCACCCCGUCGCAGGGCCUUGAACCGCCGACCUUUCGAUUGGCAAGUCCAAGCGGUGCACUGGUUUAAACCACAGCGCCACCCACGUCCCUCCAGGGAGCCAAAUACCUUCCUCCAAACCGCUCUGAUUGGCUCUUGGAAGGCUUUCGAGGCAAUGCCUCCCCUUAUCUUCACCUUCUGACCCCAGGCUGUGCCCUUCAGUAGACGUGUGCCACCCAGCUCUGGAACUGCUGUUGCUUGCCUACUUGGAGAGAUGUGCGUGGGUGUGCACAGACCUGACAUUUGAACAGCAGGCUACAUUUCAGUGAGGCAAGGGCUGGAACCCCACCUGCUGCUAUUCCCACUUUUGCCCAUUAGGAAAUGCAGCCCUCAGGCUGGAAAAGGUUCCCUGCCCCCAUUACAUGCCAUUGCACAUAGUGGCCUGCAUGUGGAUUGUACUAUUGGUGCUCAAGUAGCUGAACUUGACAUUUAGAUGGACCCUCCCAUGGCUGAGUUGAGAAACAAUUUCCUGUGUACAGUGGUGCCCCGCAAGACGAAUGCCUCGCAAGACGGAAAACCCGCUAGACGAAAGGGUUUUCCGUUUUCAAUGCGCUUCGCAGGACGAAUUUCCCUAUGGGCUUGCUUCGCAAGACGAAAAUAUCUUGCGAGUCUUGAGAUUUUUUUUCCGCUUUCCCCCCCUUUUUCUAAGCCGCUAAGCCUUUAAUAGCCUUUUAGCAGCUAAUCCGCUAAGCCGCUAAGCCUUUAAUAGCCGCUAAACCGCUAAUAGCGCUAAGCCGCUAAGCCGCUAAUAGGGUUGCUUCGCAAGACAAAAAAACCGCUAGACAAAGAUACUCGCGGAACGGAUUAAUUUCGUCUUGCGAGGCACCACUGUAGUUUUGUACAGAUAUACCACGAGCAUUGUGUGAAGGGAAGGUACUGUCCCCUCUCCUCCUUCAAAGUCACAUGCUGGUCUUUGUUAAAUUCUCUACCUGGUAAGCUGAAGCGCAGGGACGCGGGUGGCGCUGUGGGUUAAACCACAGAGCCUAGGACUUGCCAAUCAAAAGGUCAGCGGUUCGAAUCCCCGCAAUGGGGUGAGCUCCCGUUGCUCAGUCCCUGCUCCUGCCAGCCUAGCAGUUCGAAAGCACGUCAAAGUGCAAGUAGAUAAAUAGGUACCGCUCCGGCGGGAAGGUAAACGGCGUUUCCGUGCGCUGCUCUGGUUCACCAGAAGCGGCUUAGUCAUGCUGGCCACAGGACCCGGAAGCUGUACACCGGCUCCCUUGGCCAAUAAAGCGAGAUGAGUGCCACAACCCCAGAGUCGGUCACGACUGGACCUAAUGGUCAGGGGUCCCUUUACCUUAAGCUGAAGCGCACAUCAGUUAGUAAAGCUUUAUGAUUAUGGCUACUUCAAAUGUUCAUUACCUUUGGUCCGCAUUUGUGGAGGAAUGAGAGAAGAGGUGCCCCAUGUAUAUAUGUAGACUCAGGCAGGGGAAAUGCAACAAGCUGGUGAUGCCAGGCUGCUGUAGGAAGGCACAGGUGAGGAGGGCACGGUUUAGGGAGAGUGCUUGGAUGAAGAGACCAGGCAGGACAGACGAUGCCCAGGCACUAAUGUGAGCCCAUUAUGGGGCCCAUGAAACCACCAGUUUCUUCAGGGCAAAUAACACUCAUUAUAAGUCUAAGAAAUAGGACAAUCAUGACUCAGGAUUGUUAGACAGAUGAAUGAGAAAGAGAAUUUUGCUGAAUGAGCCAGCACCGUUGGGUCAAUUAAACUCAAUUAAAGACACAAUUGCAAGGAGAUCAAAGUUAUCAGUAUUUACCCCACGGGCUGGAAAAAUAAACAGCUUUAGGUUCCUUUGAAUAAGUCUGAAACUGGAGGCCAGAAAGUUUGUCAGAACAUCUCCCCAUUGUUCCUGUUCAGAUUUGUAGCACUUCAGAAACCUGUUUGAAAAGAAACAGCACCAAAACUAAAAUUUUUGUGUCCGUGUCUGUUUAUACAUGCAUGAUCAAUCUCUCUCACACACACACACUGAUGUAAAAAUUGGGGAUUGGCUUUUGCUGCCCAAGUUCCCUAAGUCCAUGAUCGGUCAGAGAAGAAUGGAUGGAGGCAGGAUCCAGUGGAAAGCAAGACAGAUAUUUAUUUUUCUGUUGCAACAAAGUUCCCUCCCUUCCUACCAAGGAGGAAGAGACCCUGAACAAAAAUGUGCAGGAACCUGUAAGUCCUUUUGACAUUGCCCAACCCGCUUAGCCAAAGACCACCCCAAAAUCAUCAUACAUACAUCAUAGGAGGUGGUCUACAGGAGAAAUCCUGUCUGCCACGAUACCUGAUAAUGGUCACUGAUUGCAUUACCUGGGUAGUCUGGCCAUUCUUUUGUGAUGGUUAAUACUUUAGUUCCUGAAACCAGGUCACUGGCUCACCCUAUUCAGACACAAAUACGCCCUUAAGACAGGAUGCAUAAGCAAAAAGACAAUGGGAAGGCUUUCCCCAUUUGCCUCCCUUACAGCAGAGGAAUAUUUGAGGUCAUUGGGAGAGUCAAAAUGGCUUCAGGAUUGCUCUCUCCGUGCUAUUUCAGAUAAAUGGUUUAUAUAUAUUUAGAUAUGUGUGCAUUUAUGAAUAUUUAUUCUCCAUUUGAGACCUUAGAAUUCUUACAACACACACCUCUGUUCUACAUCUUCAGAUUCCAAAAAAGCACUGCUGCCUAACUAAAAAGGCUGGAUUCUCUAGUCAGUCCAGGCCUAUUACCUUUUGCAUUAAGAAAUGUGAGUUUUCUUCUUUAUUUACACCAUCCAGCUUGCAAGUGCUGCUGUUCUCUUUCUCCUAACAGGAUUAUUCCUUUUCCUGCCAUGUUUGGACACCUACCACAAAAUAGACCUUCGCCUCAAAACCUUAGAGAUCCCUUUCUAUGAGGUAAGAGAGACACAGUCUGCCCCUUCUGCUCUUUGAGCUUGUUUGCAGGAGGCAAAGUCAGUAGAAGUUUACUUAGAUUCACCAUUCCAAUUAAUUAGGAAGCCCCUGGUUCAAAUCUCACCUUGGCUUUGAACUAAAUGCAUUGCUUUUCGGCAAGCCAUUUGACUCAGCCUCAUCCCCAGCCCCACAAUAAUUAUACUGAUCUAUCUAACGGGACAGUUGUAGGAUUACUUAACGUAAAAGAAGGCUGUAGAUCAGUGACAGAACAUCUGCUUUGCAUGCGGAACAUCCCAGGUUCAUUCCCUGACAUCUCCAGCGAAGGUUAGGAAUCAACACAGUCUGAUGUUUAUUUGGUAAUACAGUGGUACCUCGGUUUACAAACUUAAUCCGUUCCAGGAGUCCAUUCUUAAACCAAAACCGUUCUUAAACCGAAGCACGCUUUCCAUAAUGAGACCUCCCGUCGCCGGUGCCCUUCCACCAUUCAGAUUUCAUUCUUAGACCGAGGUAAAGUUCUCAAACCAAGACACUAUUUCCGGUUUCGCGGCGUUUGUAAGCCAAAUCGUUCUUAAACCGGACUGUUCUUAAACCAAGGUACCACUGUACCAUAUUGGCCCGAAUAUAAGUCACACCCGAAUAUAAGCCGCACCUUUAAAUUCAGGGGAGGGGGGAGAAAAAAAGACAAUACCCGAAUAUAAGCCACUCCCUUAAAAUUCCAUAGGCACUCACACCUGUUCUGUUUUACUGUAUGUCUGUUUAAGCAGCAGUAUCGUAAAAGCCCAUUUUUGUAAGGUUGCAAAUUUAAGCCGCACUUUCAACUUUUCAUGGUUGGAAUUGGGGGGGUGGGGGAGUGAGGCUUAUAUUUAGGCCAAUACGGUACGUAGAAACAGCUCAAUCCAGCCCAGGGCUGGAAUCAGAUUUCCUGUUAUUUUUCCAUUGGCAAAACUGUAUUUUGUUAUAGAUUUGAGGGGACCCUCCAAAAAACAACCCUAGGAAUGAAUAAAUACUAGGAUUUUGAUUAAUUGGGAUAUGGAUUAAAGUACAAGCUGAAGAGCUGUGCCAGACAGGGAAUUCCUGGGCUGGCUUCUACAAAGCAGCCUGGCUGGCUUAGUGAAGAACAAAAGAUGUUGUUGGGCCACUGGAGAAUGAGAUGUUACCAAAGUGAUGGGGUGUGUGUUUGAGGCGACAGGAAAAGGGAUUUUUGAGCAAGGGUUGCUGGGAAGGAAAAGCAGGAAGAAGAGCUGAGAUCCAUCUUUGGAGGAGGCUGGCUGCAGAGAUGCCUUGGGCUAUAGGGCCACACUGCUGUGGGGGACAAACCCCUCUUGAAAUGACUGUGCAGUAAGACCUGGACUCCCUCCAGGCAGACUGAAGGUGUGAAUAGGUGAAUAAACCAUAUUUCUUAAAGCCACAACAGUCUCUGCUGCGUCUUCAAUUCUCCAAAGGAACACGGACCCUGGGUGAGUGCCUGGGACCCCAUGGGCUCUUGCCACCACUUGGCAGACAGGGGGGCAGGCACCCAGCUUUCAUAACAUUCUAUUGCAGGGGUCAGCAAGGUUUACCUCACCUGGGCUGGUUCACUCCAGCAGAGAUCCCUCUGUGGGCUAGAUUGCGCGCGCAAGUACGCACGCCUGCGAUUUCUGGCGUCUGCGCAGACGCGAUUUCCGGCGCAUGCGCAGAUGUGAUUUCUGGUGCCAUCCCCGCGCCACACUGCACCCAUUUAGUGCAGCACACUGGGACUCAUUGGUUAAACGACUCCCGUGGGCUGCUUGUGGCCCAUGGGCCUUAGGUUGCCGACCCCUGUUCUAUUGGAUGGUCACACAAUGCCUUCUGCUUGCCCUAGACCAUAACCAAGGACAUGGCAAGUCUAGAAAUAGAUACCAUCUGUUACUAUCGAAUGGAGAAUGCCACACUCGUCACGACCACCCUCGCCAACCACUCGAAGGCAAUCCAGCUGCUAGUGCCGACCAUCGCAAAGCGCUUUCUGGCACAGCGGUCGCUCACAGACAUCCUGAUGGAGAGGAAGAGCAUCAGCCAGGAGAUAAAGGUGGGUUGGCUAUAGCGCUGUACAGAGGACAUGGUGGGGAAGUCCAUCACUCAGGGUGGGAGGCUUGCCCAGUGGCUGCUACAAGCAGAACUGGGGAAAUGGUAUGGGAGCCAAUGAAAGGACACGAGGGAAAUGCUUCUGCCUUGCUAUUGGGCACCUUCUCCUUCCUGAAAGUGGCUUUACAGUACGUAAACUCAGAACUGCCUUGCAAGAUCCACCCAGGGCAGCAUUUCCUUUCAAACAACAACAACAGGCAACCAGACACUAUACUGCCUCCAAACACAGGGUUGCCAACUGGCUAGGUGAACCAGCCUACUGUUGUCUCCUGCGCCUUUAAGAACAGCUUGGCUUGCAGAAACUAGAAAGUGAUGCUUUGAAUACCAUGGUGAUAAAUGCAAUAUUUUGUGAAUUGCACAUUGUCUUAGUCUAUUCUGGUUGAUAGGGAGAGACAAUUGUAUAAAUAUAAGAUUAGCUGCAUGCCCUUUUAGUGAAGUGAGUGGCUAGAGAGGUCUUUUUCUCCCUCUCAUAGUAGACCUUUAAGUGGCCCAGUAAAUGAUGGGCAGUUAGGUUUGGGGCAGACAAAAGGUACUAGACUUUGCUCCAGUUUAGGUAACUUUAGAUAGGAAUCUGACAAAUUAAUUAAGGAUUGACCUAUAAUCAGCUAGUAGCCAAGACGGAGAAAAGGGAACCUUUUUGAAAAAGCUGUAAUCCUUUAUUGAACAGCUCUUUGCUAACCUAACUCAGGGUAGCUUUACUCCUUGGUUUGCAUCAAGGAGACAGCCAUCCCUACUAGAGCACUUCUCACUGGAAAUGUUAGGACACUGCUGUUUUUGCAUUUUUAAGUUGCUCAUCCAUCAUAUAAAGCUGCUGCCAAUAAGAAGACACUUUUUUUGCAGGUGGCUGUGGACGCCAUCACCUGUCAGUGGGGGAUCAAGGUGGAAAGGACAGAAAUGUAGGUAUGAAAUGUGAGAUCUGCAGAAAUACUUAGGUGACAAAAUAUCAGGAGAGGGGUCUCCGAGACCUUUCACUAUUGUUAAUGCCGCCCCUACAAGUGUAAUCAGUUUUUGUUAUUUCUCCCCUUGAACAAUCCCUGGACAUAGGGGUCACCCUGGUACAAGCCACCAUUUUGUGGGCCUCCUCCUUGAUCCUUCUGCUGCUGUCUCUUGCAGGGGCACAGCUAGCUCCUCACCCAUCUGUUUUGACAUGGCUGGGGUUGAAAAGGGUUGAUUUCAAUGACCAGAAAUGUAAGAGGUGCUGCUUAAAAACUGGCAGCUCAGAGCACCAAAAGUUACCCCAUUCCUGCAGUUUUAUGGAUCUACAUAUGGCCAGAAAGGCUACAGCUGACCACCUCUCCAUUUGUUUAGUCACCUUGGACAAACAUUUGAGUGGCUCCCAUUUUGCUAUGAUAUCCUGAAGGCAAGGGUGCCAGGUGGCAAUUGGCUCCACAGCCCCACCAAGAGCGGGGAAGGGAGGGCUCUGGCCAAUUACUCCCAUCCCUUCUGGCAGCCAGGCAGCCUGGGAUGUCUUCUCACUGAUCACAGUGAGGGCAGAAUAAGAAUUGCCUCCUGUCCUGAUCCCAGCACUGAAUCAGUUUGGCGCCAUCCAGAAAAGGCAGCUGUGAACCAGAUGUAUUGCUCAGCCUUCCUGGGCUGUCAGUUUUCUGCUGCUUCUGCAAUCCUGCUGGGGAAGUGGAACAGGAUGAAAAAAGCUGAGGUUUUAUUGGGUUGGUGGGAGCCAGAGUCCAGCAAAAGUGGGAGGGCAACAGGUUCUUGAUUCCAGAGCUACGGGAAGUAUUUGUGCAUAUAUGCAGCCAUGAAGGACAUCCUAGGGCCAUUUAAAACUUCUUCAGGACAUUCCUACAGCAUUUGUUCUGUUCCUAACAGAACAAAUGAGAACGAAUCCGACACGGAUACAUCCCACUGCCAAUGUAAAUGUCGCUAGAGUUGCUAACAAAUGAGUAGGCCCACUCAGGAGUGGCAAUGAGAGGGAUAUUCAGCCAGUGACUGGCUUUUCACAAAACAAAUGAAAUACCAUGAAAAUCCCUGAAACAAGAAGUAAUUGACUAGAAAUAUUAUCUUAUAGAAAUAAACUAAAUAAUAAAAAUCAAAAAGUUUUAAGGCUUUGUUCAAUUCUAGUUUUUUCUAAUUUUUACCUUAAACUUUUUCAAACCAUUAUUUCAUUUGUUUUGUGUAAUUUCUCUGUUCCGUGACUGUCUUUUUUUCUACUAGUGACUGGCUUUUCAGCUGGCACCCAAGACAAAGGUCCCAUUUAACCUGGUAACUAGCUGGCCAGUUGGCCAGCCAACCAUGUAGGCAUGCUGAUAGCUAGCACUCAUUUCCCCCUGAUGUAGUACAAAGUUUCCUUCCUGAGCUAAAUGGUUGUCUUAACCACAGUGGCUAUGUUCCCCCUCCAACCUCUGCAUACCAGCUGCUGGCAAUCACAGGUGGGCAGAGUGCUGCCAUGCUCAGGUCCUGCUUCCCACAGGCAUCUGGUUGGCCCUGUGAGAACAGGGUGCUGGACCAGAUAGGUCAGUGGUCUGAUCCAGCAGCCAGGCUCUUCUUGUGUUCUUAAACAGAAAAUCAUUUACAGUGGUACCUCUGGUUGCGAACGGGAUCUGUUCCAGAGGCCCGUUCGCAACAUGAAAAGCCUGCAACCCGAAGCACCGUAUCUGCGCAGGUGCGCAGCGCGAUUUGGUGUUUGUGCACAUGUGGAAAGUGCAAUUUAGCGCUUCUGUGCAUGCGCGAGUGGUGAAACCCGGAAGUAACCCCUUCCGGGUCGCCACAGGACACACCCUGAAAAAACGUAUCAUGAAGCAAACGUAACAUGAGGUAUGACUGUACGCUGUUUCCAGUUUGGGUCUGCAGUCCCAGAUUUCAUUAAUUUCAUUCAUUUCAGUAAAGAUGUGCGGUUGCCAACGGAGCUUCAGGAGUCCCUGGCUGCACAAGCCGAAGCCCAGAGACAGGCCAAAGUGAGGGUAAGGCAAUACACUGACACGGUAUGUUUUUAUUACUGGAAGCUACGGGCAGGAGGGAGCUAUGGGAGAGAGAUGCUGUCCUCCCAAGCUUGCUUCUCUUCAGGUCUAAUCAGACAAGCGUUGGCCAUGGUUCUGCCUGCAUCUCACAGCACAUGGGAGUGAGUCACUGGUCAAAACUAAUUCUGUUGGUUAUCCAGCUUUUGUUAAUCUAAAGCAGGCAAUCUCAAACUCGGCCCUCCAGAUGUUUUGGGACUACAUCUCCCAUCAUCCCUAGCUAACAGGACCCGUGGUCGGGAUGAUGGGGAUUGUAGUCCCAAAACAUCUGGAGGGCCGAGUUUGGGGACGCCUGAUCUAAAGCAAUGAGCCCUUCUCGUUUGCACUAGUUAAUUUAUAGGUACUUAAUGUAAAUCCAUUUCCUUUGGCUGGAAACCUAAGAGAUGGAGGAGGUACAACACGAAGGCUGUUUGGGAGCUGCACUGGAAAAUGGAAGCUCCAGGCUGUUUCAAUUCUACGCAGCACAAGAAUGAAAUAAAUUUCUUCCACGCUAACCCUGCAUGCUUUCCUUUGGGCUGUCGGAAACAAAAUGGAAAUUGAAGUGAUGUGGCACCCAGGAAAAUAUCACCACAUGUAACACACUUCAAAACAUCCAAUAUAAAGUCAGGUAAUAAGUGACUUUAUAUUGACUUUUCUUCCUUUAAUGGAUUAUCCAGAGAUUGGGAAAAUCCAAAUCCAUUGACAGGGGAUUAUGGGCUGCCACUUGAAUAAGAUAUUGUCUGGAUGCUGUCCCUUAUAAGCCAGUUGUUCCCCUGUGGUGGGAAUUAAUUACAAGUUUCUUUUCAUUAUCCCCACCACCACCAUUUUAUUACUUUUUAUAGGAAAACAGUGCUAUUUUACUAAAAAAGAAAAAAAAUGCAAGGAAAUAAAUCACUUAUCCCUGCCCUCCUCCAAAUAGGAACAAAUGCUGACUAAUAAGAGGAAAUUACCUCAGGAAGAAACAAACGCCCAGAACCUGCACAUAAGUAGUAUCUAAUUAACACUGGAGGGCUUUUACUCAGUUGAACUUGCUUCUGAGGAAACAUUAGAGGUGGUUUUUGGCCUUGAGGGUGAGCAUUCAAUGUAGCACUAUUUUAAGUGCUGUGCAGAACCUGUUUUUGUUUUACUUCCAGCUGACGAACAGCGUUGCUUCUACAACACUGAAGGGCACCAUUAUGGAAGGAACCACGGGCGGUACUCAACAAAGUUUUACUCAGGGUAGACCUAUUGAGAUUAUUGAACCCAUCAAAGUUAGUCCCAUUGAUAUCAAGGGAUCUACUCUGAGUAAAACUUCGUUGCCUCCUGCCCCAAAGGAAGAUCUUCUAAAUACCUUGUGUUCUAGGUCAUAGCUGCUGAAGGAGAAAAGGCUGCUUCCGAAUCGCUGAAGGUGGCAGCAGAGGUGCUUUCCCACACACCAGCCGCCCUCCAGCUCCGCUACCUUCACAUGCUGCAAAGCCUGUCUGCAGAGAAGCCGUCCACCUUUAUUCUUCCUUUCCCCCUUGACCUCAUGAAUCCUUCAUCAGGAGACAACAUGAAAUCCACAGGCUGCAACCGCUCUUCAGAUGUCGCCAGCAACCCAGAGGCUCCAAAGGCGAAGGAUUCCCCAAUGUUGUAGGACUAAGCCAGGGGCAGCAUCUAGGCCUCUCUGUCUAGCUUCUCGGGCCGUAACCCAUUGCCUAGUCCAUAAUUCGUACCCACCUGCUUUGCACCCUCCUGAAGUGUUUUUGCCUGGCUGAAAUGUGCCCUUGAACUCACCUGGAUGGAGGGUGAGAGAGGGGAUGUUAGUCUGUGUAGGGGGUGUUUGCCUACUGGAUGAAGGCAAAAUUCGCAGCUGUUGCUCUGCCCGCAUUUGCCCUGGGUCCCAUUCACUACUGGAAUGCGGCCCCUUGGAGGCUGCUUAUGAGUCAAUGUGGCCCUUGGUCUGAAAACAUUUUGCCACUCCACUACAGGAAUUCAGCAGAAGAAUCUGCAUUUCAAACUGUAGCUGAUGUAGUCAUGGUUGAUCCUCUAUUGGGCCCCCUGUAAUUAAAUCUGCUUAAACUUUUAAACUCCUGAACUGAGAGGUCAGCAGCUGGGCUACAUAUGAUGAGGGCGGCUGCUUUGCCACCAAGUGUAUAAAACAGGGAAUUGCAGCCAGUCCUAGCUGUGUGUGGGGAGUGCAUCUCAGCCCUGUUUUUUCAAAUGUGUAUUUGUUUCUUUCCACACUAUAUUUUUAGAUGCACAGUCAAAGCUUGCUAGGAACCACCCCCAUGUGAUAUUAUUCCCAGUUAAAAUCCAAUACCGAGUUCAAAUUAUUAUUCUGCUGUAAAGCUCACUGGGUGACCCUGAACCAGUCACAAUUGCUCAGUAGAGACAUCACCUUGCCAACAAAGGUCCGUAUAGUAAAAGCUAUGGUUUUCCCAGUAGUGAUGUAUGGAAGUGAGAGCUGGACCAUAAAGAAGGCUGAUCGCUGAAGAAUAGAUGCUUUUGAAUUAUGGUGCUGGAGGAGACUCUUGAGAGUCCCAUGGACUGCAAGAAGAUCAGACCGAUCCAUUCUUAAGGAAAUCAGCCCUGAGUGCUCACUGGAAGGACAGAUCGUGAAGCUGAGGCUCCAACACUUUGGCCACCUUAUGAGAAGAGAAGACUCCCAGGAAAAGACCCUGAUGUUGGGAAAGAUGGAGGGCACAAGGAGAAGGGGAUGACAGAGGACGAGAUGGUGGGACAGUGUUCUCGAAGCUACCAGCAUGAGUUUGACCAAACUGCGGGAGGCAGUGGAAGACAGGAGUGCCUGGCGUGCUCUGGUCCAGGGGUUCACGAAGAGUCGGACACGACUAAACGACUCAACAACAGCAACACUUUACCUUGCAGAGCCAUGUCAUCAAGAUUAAAAGAGGUGUAGAUGUUGGGAAAGAUGGAGGGCACAAGGAGAAGGGGACGACAGAGGACGAGAUGGUUGGACAGUGUUCUCGAAGCUACCAGCAUGAGUUUGACCAAACUGCGGGAGGCAGUGGAAGACAGGAGUGCCUGGUGUGCUCUGGUCCAUGGGGUCACAAAGUCAGACACAACUAAACAACAACAACAGGGACGGAGAAAGUUAAUGCAUGCUUCCUUUUAACAUCUUGGAUGAAGAGCUGGAUAAUAAGCUCAUCCGUUGGGCAUUCUUGUUCUCUAGUCAUUCCGCUCCUUGUCCCUAUUUCGAAAGGCAGAUACCAUUGCAAGAUACGAAGAUAAGAAGUGUUGGUGGUGGAGCGAAAGAAGCUUAAGGCCAGUCCUCCCACCUCCUUGAGCCUGAAAAUGGUGUGUCCUGCCUGAGGCAGUUCACAGAGUGAAAGUGAGCAGCACAGCACAAAAGAAGUUUGGGAACUUGCUGCGAAAGCUCUUUGCUGUCUGUUUGCUUUAAUUGUUAAUUGGCUCAGGGAGUAGCCCUCCCUUCCCGGCUAUCAUUAAAGCCAACAGAGGCGGGACACCAUCUGUGUCUCUUUCAGCAGAGGGACAAGGAUUGGGCUGGGCCUGGACAAAGCAGGCUGGCAGUUCCAUCAGCAGCCCAAGAGUCUCAGACUCAGUAGAGACGAUUUAGUGGAAGGAGCAAAAAAACAAAUGGGUGGUUUCUACUGAGCGGAAGGAAAACACAGGAGGACCGGAGUGGGGCUUCCUGACAGACACAACUUGAGCUUAGCCCUUGUUCUGUUCUGUUGUUCCCAUCAAAACAAAAGAAAACCUUUGAACACAAAAUGGCAAAUUCUACAAAAGAAUAAACUCAAGCUAGUCAACAAAUUCAUCUAACGUGUGCUAAAUCCGAGGUAUAUUCAGGGCCAGGUGGAACCUUCUUACUUGAUCAGCUCUUGCUAAGAGCUUUUAGAAUGGUAAAUUUUGUCUGCUGUUCUUAUUGUCAGCCUCACUGCUACUUGUUUUAGUAUUUUUGUGGUUUCUACGUGCUCUGAUAUUAUGUGAACUUUGUUAACAUCACCCUUGGAGACUCUGGG